CAUGGAAGACACUUGCUGGCUGGCAGGAUGGUGACCACAUGUGGAUAUAAAACCUGAAGUAAAAAUCCUGACCAAUUUCCAGGCCACAAGAUGACAGCUAUACUGCAUAUUUAUACUGUGCUCAUGAUCACCACCGGCAUUGGUGCUGUGGGAGCAAACCUCAUCCUACUUUUACUAUUUGCAUCGCACUUAAAACUGCGCACAGACACGUGGGCCCUCACCCUGAAUCUCAGCCUGUGUGACUUGAUUUUCGGAAUAUGUGUUAUUCCAGCUGCGGUAUACAGCAGCCUUUUAGGGGGAGGCAUUUUUUCUAAGGAUGAGAUCGCCUGUAAACUGUUAGGAUUUAUUUUUGUUCUGCUACAGGUGGCCUCAUUGAACUCCUUGGUAUGGGCCACUGUUGACAAGUUUACAGAGAUCUGCUUUCCCCUGCGAUAUGCUCAAAUGAUCACCAAGAAGCGGAUUUGGAUUAUCUUGGUAUUGCUGUGGAUUUAUGCUUUAGUAGUCUCUGCUUUCCCAUUAAUAGGCUUCGGAAAAUACAGCUUCAGCAGUGAUGUCUACAUGUGUGUGCCUUUAUUUAACUCUUCAACCACAGCGUAUGGUGUGAUGCUGAUCAGUGGAGGAGUUCUUGCCCCUAUAUUGACAAUCAGUGUGCUGUAUAUUGCAAUUAUUCACAUAGCCAGGAACCAGGCAAAGAGAGGAACCUUUGUGUGCAAUGAUCAGCACUGCUACUAUGUGCCCAUCCGGUCAUAUUUUAAAAACACGGUCAUCCUCAUUGUGUCUGCAGUUUAUCUGUUGGUGUGCUGGAUCCCAUCAGUAACCAUUAGUUUCUAUGAAAUCUUUUAUGCUCACAAUGUACCCAUUAUAGUAAAGAUGGCUUCAAUAUGGCUGCUGGUCCUGACAUCUGGUAUAAAUCCUUGGGUAAACACACUCGCACAAAGAAAAUACAGGAAAGCUCUCCGAGAGAGCUGGAGGAAGCUAAAAAGACUCUUCGAGGACAUGAGCUCCAGUUCAGAGCCUCCGAGUGAGAAUGAGAGGCAUUCGAGCAUACAGUCUCAUCAAUGUUUGCCAGGACAUAACAUGACAAAUUCUAUUCAAACAUGAACAGGGAAGGGAAUGCCUCAUGAUACGCUGAUUGCCAGAUGACAGUGCAGAUUCUAGUCUUGUGAAGAAAGAAGAUGGAAUCUGACCUUUAUUGCCCUCAAAAAACUACUGAUGCCAACGAAUGGUGCAGCUGUGACAAUAGAAAAGGACGGUUUGGAACGGACUUGAAAGUGGCAGCAAAAAACUGAACUGCUUUCAUAUAUAAGUAACGACAACAAGAUGGGAGGCUCAACCUUACUGGACUC